UAAAAGCUCAGUUCGGUGUGGCAUUGCGAAGCGAGCGGUUGUGUUUUGUGUGUGCAGCGAGAGAGACAGCAAUUGAAAUAUGUAUCACCUGAAGAGUUUGGCCCGUCAGGGAGCCAUGCGUCAGCAGGAGCUGACCACCUUGGCUAAGGCACUGCCAACGGCUGUGCUCCACAGCAGCCGUGGCUAUGCCACCGAGCAUCAGAUACCCGACCGGCUCAAGGAUGUGCCCACAGCCAAGGAUCCACGAUUCUUUGACAUGGUUGAGUACUUCUUCCAUCGCGGCUGUCAAAUUGCCGAGGAGAGUCUGGUCGAUGACAUGAAGGGAAAACUGACCCGUGAUGAGAAGAAACAGAAGGUUAAGGGAAUCCUUAUGCUUAUGCAACCCUGUGAUCACAUCAUUGAAAUUGCAUUCCCACUGCGUCGUGAUGCUGGCAACUACGAGAUGAUUACCGGCUAUCGUGCCCAGCACAGUACCCACAAGACCCCAACCAAGGGAGGUAUUCGUUUCUCUUUGGAUGUAUCCCGCGAUGAAGUCAAAGCCUUGUCCGCUCUGAUGACCUUCAAGUGCGCCUGUGUCGAUGUGCCAUUCGGUGGUGCCAAGGCUGGUCUGAAGAUCAAUCCCAAGGAAUACUCCGAACAUGAGUUGGAGAAGAUCACACGUCGCUUCACCCUUGAGUUGGCCAAGAAGGGUUUCAUUGGACCCGGCGUGGAUGUGCCUGCUCCCGAUAUGGGCACUGGCGAGCGUGAGAUGUCCUGGAUUGCCGAUACCUAUGCCAAGACCAUUGGACACUUGGACAUCAAUGCCCAUGCCUGUGUGACCGGCAAGCCCAUCAACCAGGGUGGCAUCCAUGGACGUGUCUCUGCCACUGGUCGUGGUGUCUUCCACGGUCUGGAGAACUUCAUUAACGAGGCCAACUACAUGAGCCAAAUUGGCACCACUCCCGGCUGGGGCGGCAAGUCUUUCAUUGUCCAGGGCUUCGGUAAUGUCGGCCUGCACACCACCCGCUAUCUGACUCGUGCCGGUGCCACCUGCAUUGGUGUGAUUGAGCAUGAUGGUACUCUGUACAACCCAGAGGGUAUUGAUCCCAAACUUCUGGAAGACUACAAGAACGAGCAUGGCACCAUUGUUGGCUACCCCAAUGCCAAGCCCUAUGAGGGCGAGAACCUUAUGUUCGAGAAGUGUGACAUUUUUAUUCCAGCUGCCGUCGAGAAGGUGAUCACCAGCGAGAAUGCCAGCAGGAUUCAAGCCAAGAUCAUUGCUGAAGCCGCCAACGGUCCAACUACUCCAGCUGCCGACAAGAUUCUGAUUGAGCGCAACAUUCUGGUUAUCCCAGAUUUGUAUAUCAAUGCUGGUGGUGUCACUGUCUCCUUCUUUGAGUGGCUGAAGAACCUCAACCAUGUCUCAUACGGUCGCUUGACCUUCAAGUAUGAACGUGAAUCCAACUACCAUUUGCUCGCCUCAGUCCAACAGUCAAUCGAAAGAGUUAUUAUGGACGAAUCUGUGCAAGAAUCCCUGGAGCGUCGCUUUGGUCGUGUUGGCGGACGUAUUCCCGUCACUCCCUCUGAAUCGUUCCAGAAGCGUAUCUCUGGUGCUUCUGAGAAGGAUAUUGUCCACUCUGGUCUGGAUUACACCAUGGAGCGUUCGGCUCGUGCCAUUAUGAAGACAGCCAUGAAAUACAACUUGGGUCUGGAUCUGAGAACCGCUGCCUAUGUUAACUCCAUUGAGAAAAUCUUCACCACAUACCGUGAUGCUGGCUUGGCUUUCUAAGCAUCCCAAAAACAGCAGCACUAGAUAGAAGCAGCAGCAGCAGCAGCAAACUCUUAAUUAGUCGACUAAGCAAACCGAACUCAAUUGCACCGCCGUUUUUAGAUAAAAGUCACAAAAAACAUAAUUUACCCCCAUUAAUUGAACGGAUAUGCGCGCGGAUGGCUGGCAAACUAUUUUAAACAAACAAACAUAAAACUUUCGCCCGUGUUUUGUAUUAAGUUGAGCAAUUUGCGAGCUUAUAUUAUUGUUGAUUUUCUGUAAUUUUUAAGUUAAUAAGCCUCACACUGAA